CCACAGUGCACUGCCACAGCUCGUGAGGAGAACAACUUGAACUUGUCCCAAAACACUUGUUUUAACUAAUCCUUGUCAGCCUUACCAAAAUGAACACGGAUUUGAAAGCAUUGGAGCUGUUGUUCCAGCGUCCGCUGGAGCCAGUGUUCACCACUCGUGACAAUGGCAAGACUGUCUUCGAUCUGCCCGAUAGUUUCUACACGGAUCGCUAUCGCAACAAUUCGGUGGAGGUUGCUACCCGUUUCAGUCAGAAUGUGGAAACUAGGAUUCCGUUGCGGGAGUUGACCAGUGUACCGAAUCUCGACUUUGCCGCAAAGCUCGGCAGGAAGGAUCAAUUCUCGUUGUUCAACACUCGCCACAGAGAGAUUGCGGGUAAACUAAUUCAACUGUAUCUGGAUGCGCCCAACUUGCAACAGUUCGUCGCACUGGCCGCCUACACGAAGGAUCGCGUGAAUCCUGUGAUGUUCCAGUACAGCUAUGCUGUGGCUGUUGCCCAUCGUCCGGACUCACGCACUGUGCCCAUUCCCAACAUCUCCCAGAUCUUCCCGGGCAACUUUAUUGAGCCAUCCGCCUUUCUGGAUGCACGCCAGGAGUCAUCGGUGAUUUCCAAGAGCGGUAAUCGUCCCGUUCUGGAGAUACCCAUCAACUAUACGGCCUCCAAUCGCGAGGAGGAGCAGCGCUUGGCCUAUUUCCGCGAAGAUAUUGGCGUCAACAGCCAUCAUUGGCAUUGGCAUUUGGUCUAUCCGGCCAGCGGACCGAUGGAGGUGGUCAACAAGGAUCGUCGUGGCGAACUCUUCUACUAUAUGCACCAUCAGCUGAUCGCCCGUUACAAUGUGGAGCGUAUCUGCAACAAUCUGAAGCGUGUAGCGCCACUCAGCAAUCUGCGCGACGAGGUCAUCGAGGGCUACUUCCCCAAGAUCCUGUCGAGCGUCAACAAUCGCACAUAUCCGGCACGUGCCUCCAAUCAGCUACUCCGCGAUGUGGAUCGCCCAGAUGGCAACAUUGAGAUUUCCGAAUUGGAACGCUGGCGUGAUCGCGUCCUGGCCGCCAUCGAUCAGGGUUUUGUGGAGAAUACCCAGGGACAGCGUAUUCCGCUGGAUGAGCAGCGCGGCAUUGAUAUACUGGGCAACAUGAUUGAGGCGGCGCCAGCUCUCUCCGUGAAUAGCCAGUUUUAUGGCAACUUGCAUAAUCAGGGCCAUACGAUUAUCUCGUUUUCCCACGAUCCCGAUUUCCGGCACUUGGAGGACUUUGGCGUUAUGGGCGAUGUGACGACGGCUAUGCGUGAUCCGAUCUUUUACAGGUGGCACGGAUUCAUCGAUACCAUUUUCAACAAGCACAAAACGCUGCUGCCGCCCUACAACAACGCCCAGUUGGAGUUCCCGGGUAUCAAUGUGACCCGUGUGGAAGCCAAAUUGGGAGCAGCAAAUGCACGCCCAAAUGUGCUGCUAACCUACUGGCAAAAGUCGGUGACCAAUUUGGCUGCCGGCCUGGACUUUGGACCCGUGGAGGACGAUAAUGUGUCGGCCUCAUUUAGACAUCUGCAGAACGCACCCUUCACCUACACCUUCAAUGUGACGAACACUGGCGACAGGCGCACCGGCACCUGCCGCAUCUUCAUCUGCCCCAAGACCGAUGAGCGCAAUGAUCCACUGCGUCUCGAGGAGCAGCGUCUCAUGGCCAUUGAAAUGGACAAAUUUACCGUAAACCUGGUGCCCGGUGAAAAUACGAUUCGCCGCCAGUCGACAGACUCCUCGGUGGCCAUUCCAUUCGAGCGCUCCUUCCGCGCAGUGGGCGCCAACUAUCAGCCGACGGCAGCAGAUGAACUGGCACGUUUCCGCUUCUGCGGCUGCGGCUGGCCACAGCAUCUGCUGUUGCCCAAGGGCAAGCCGGAGGGAAUGCAAUUUGAUUUGUUUGUCAUGAUUUCGGACUAUAGCAACGACUCGGUCGAGCAGCUAAGCAACGCACCGGACGAUGCCUGCAGCACGGCGUACUCCUUCUGUGGACUCAAGGACAAACUGUAUCCGGAUAGGCGCACCAUGGGCUACCCCUUCGACAGGCGUUUGCCCAACGCAGACCUCACCGAACUCGUUGGCGCCUUCACAAACAUGGCCAAGACGGAUUUGACGAUUAAGUUCAAUGAUCGCACUGUUGGCUAGGAAAUCGCACUCAAGCUGGAAAUCACUCUUAUUUACCCAAUAUUCAUAUAUACAUAUAUAUUUCAUAUACAUAUGCCGCAAUAAUAAAAUUCAGUUACAAUUUGCUCGCUAAAUA